AUGCUGCGGACAAGGUUCUCCUUCCAAGGACUCGCUGGCGACUCAACUGUGCAAAAGGCCACGCGAUGUCGCCUGGGGCCUGCCAUCGCCGAGUCGGCGUGCCCGCCAGAAGCAGCGAGUGCGGCGACGGUCUGCGGGGAGCCCCCAGCGCAUGGUUUUUGUGCGGCACGCGUCGCGUUGCCUCCAAAAGCUCGUCGGUCGAUCGUCAGAAAGGCCACACGCACGCUGCUUCCGCGGCGACCGGCCUCAUUCGCAGAUACCAGCCAACGCAGUCCGCCCUCGGGAUUGCUUCGCAGUCUAACGCCCGUGAAAAGGUGCCGGGACUCAGGCCUCCCCCGCAUCCUUUGCGCCAGCUGCGCCGCCUUAGGCAUCCGCUCGUACUCACAGGCGCCCUCUCCUGUGUUUAGGCCGACUUCUGCGUCCGCUCCUGGAGCGUACGCGAGGAUCUGCCCCCCGUUUACCCGCCCCUUUGCGUCGCGUGAAGAGGAGAAGAAAGUCUUGAUGACUCUGCACGCUGUUCAGCACUACGACGACGAGACCAAGCUCUCUAUCAAAGUCUUCCACCUCCAGGAACUCGCGCAAACCAGCAUGACGUUCAACCAGCUGAGUCUCGAUGAGCGCUUCCUCACGCUGCUGCGGGGCAUCCUGGCCAACGCCAAAGACCUCUCUCCAGCCCAGCUUCAGGCGCUGGCUAUGUCCUGCCGAGAGCUCAAACUAAAGGGCUCCGAUAUCAUGUGGAAAGCCAUCGCGAAGCAUAUCGUCAGGCACACAAAAAGUCCGUCGGCUCCGGGCAGCGGCAUAACUUUCAGUCAGGUCGCGCACGCCAUGUCAUGCUUCGCCAGCAGGCAAGCUGAAGUGCAGAGGUACCUGAAGCACAUGCUGACUUACAUUCUCAAAGGCUCCCACCGGCUCAACGAGCACGACGUCGUCUGCGUCCUCUACACCCUUCGGAGGUACAACUGCAACACGACGGAGACCGACGGACGUUCUGACUGGCCUUACCUUCGCUGCCUGCGCCUCUGUGCUUCCAUCGCGGAAAGGCGCUUAACUGAGUUGCAUCCUCGGUAUCUGGUGUAUAUCAUCUUUGAGUGCGCGCGCAUCGGCGUAGUACCGUGGCGCUUGAUUUACCGAGCAAACAACUUAAUCAAGCACUCGCUUCACCGCCUCUCAGACAAGGAGUUGGCUCUCUAUGUCCUCGCCUCCUCGAAAUACGGCGUGCUCGACGUGCGGCUGCUCAAGCGCAUCGGUCGGCGACUCGAGGAAAACCAGCUGAGCUUCCAGAUUUCCAACGCGAGCUUGUCGCUGUUGCUGUACGGCUUUGCCUCGAUGAAUUACCGCGACAAAAAUCUAAUAGGAAUGUGCUGCGAGCGAAUUCAAAAGGCCGCCUGUACGCUGGAGGACAUCUCCAUUGCGCAAUUGGCAUACGCGCUCGGAAAGCUCGGAGUCCGCGAGAAAGACUCAUGGAACGCAUUGGCGAAGGUGGCAGCGGGACGCAUGGACUCUAUGUCCCCUGCAGAGAUAUCUAGCAUCAUGCAUGCCGCUGGGAAAGUCGGGUUUGCAGACAAACGUCUCUUCGACGCCGUCGCCGAGCACGCGACGAAGCUGCAGGUGGCAUUCAAUUCACAACAAUUGCUCAACCUGCUAGAUGGUCUUACACUUGCCGGAUUCUUCGACCAACAACUCUAUCAAACGCUGCUAGAUAAUUUCCUCCGUACUGGCGGGGACGACGACAUCCGAGGGAUAAAUCAGCUCCGGCGAGUGAUGUUCACCAUCUUGAUAGAGUUCCCCAGCUUCUUGGAAAAGGUGCCUCAAUCAAUCCAGCUUCUCGCUGAACAACAUCAGCACCCAUUUCUGGACCACCCGCUCCAGCCGUAUCACCCUGAACUGAAGGCCUGCAUGGAUAGUAUUGGCGUCGACGCGAAAAUACUUGGCUCCAAAGGAGCCUAUACAUUCGACGCAAAGUUCAAACUCAGCGCAACUAUGGAGAGUCGCAAAAGACGCAAUGUCGUGCUGGACUUGCUCAGUGAGGGCAACUUCUGCCCAUUGACCGGAGAACUGUUGGGCGUAGCAAGGUUGAAGCGGCGGCAUAUGGAUAUCCUCGGCUGGCACUACGUUGCUGUACGAAGAAAAAGCUGGGUGAAGUUAAAAACAAGGGAAGAGAGGGCGCAAGCACUUCGCGAUGCCAUCGUCGACCAAGUGGACCCGCACACAGGCGACCGUGGCGUCUUGUCAGUAUAA